GCCGCUGACAUUGAGUAGUGAGGCGGCGUAAGAGGCACACUGCACACCGCACACAGGGGGAGACCUUCCCGGCCACGUAAGUACGAGAUCCCCCCCGAGGAAGGACGAAGAUGGCUUGUUGAAAGGGAUCGGCCGCCGCCGCCAUCCCUUCUCUCUCUCUCUCCCUGCACAGCCGCCACCUUGCAGCCAUCGCUUUGUUUGUAGCUUUUUUUUUUCUUAUUUCCUGCUGUGAUGAGAAGAGGAAACAUUGUAUCAUCUUUAGAGAUCGGUGUCCUGGCCUGAACUCGGGAUCUAUCCUCCAGGACAACCCUCACCGCACAACUUUCACCAUUCUUCCCUAGAAAAGUCGCCAAAUCCAAGAAUCAUCUAUUUUUUUGUAAAUUCUAUAUUUUUUAUCCCAUAAAGGAGAUAUUUGAAUAAUAAUAAUAAAAAAAAAAGCAAAUUAUUUUUUCCGGAUAAUAUUUUGCACCCCUUUAAGACUCAACCUUGUUCCACAACUACGUUCCGAUCGCUGCCUUACCCCCCCAACACCAGAUCGCCUCCGUCCUCGCCGAUUCUUCCACUGCUGAUUGCACAAUCCCCCCAAAUCUGCAGAAAUCCAUUGAAAGGACCCCCCAGAUCUGCACGUAUACAUUGAAAGGACACCCCAAAUCUGCACGUAUACAUUGAAAGGACCCCCCAAAUCUGCACGUAUACAUUGAAAGGACCGCCAGAUCUGCACGUAACCAUUGGAAGGAAGACCCCCCAAAUCUGCAGAAAUCCAUUGAAAGGACCCCCCAAAUCUGCAGAAAUCCAUUGAAAGGACCCCCCAAAUCUGCAGAAAUCCAUUGAAAGGACCCCCCAAAUCUGCACGUAUACAUUGAAAGGACCGCCAGAUCUGCACGUAACCAUUGGAAGGUAGAUCCCCCAAAUCUGCACGUAUACAUUGAAAGGACCCCCCAGAUCUGCACGUAUACAUUGAAAGGACACCCCAAAUCUGCACGUAUACAUUGAAAGGACCCCCCAAAUCUGCACGUAUACAUUGAAAGGACCGCCAGAUCUGCACGUAACCAUUGGAAGGAAGACCCCCCAAAUCUGCAGAAAUCCAUUGAAAGGACCCCCCAAAUCUGCAGAAAUCCAUUGAAAGGACCCCCCAAAUCUGCAGAAAUCCAUUGAAAGGACCCCCCAAAUCUGCACGUAUACAUUGAAAGGACCGCCAGAUCUGCACGUAACCAUUGGAAGGUAGAUCCCCCAAAUCUGCACGUAUACAUUGAAAGGACCCCCCAAAUCUGCACGUAUACAUUGAAAGGACCCCCCAAAUCUGCACGUAUACAUUGAAAGGACCCCCCAAAUCUGCACGUAUACAUUGAAAGGACCCCCCAAAUCUGCACGUAUACAUUGAAAGGACCCCCCAAAUCUGCAGAAAUCCAUUGAAAGGACCCCCCAAAUCUGCACGUAACCAUUGAAAGGACCCCCCAAAUCUGCAGAAAUCCAUUGAAAGGACCCCCCAAAUCUGCAGAAAUCCAUUGAAAGGACCCCCCAAAUCUGCACGUAACCAUUGAAAGGACCCCCCAAAUCUGCAGAAAUCCAUUGAAAGGACCCCCCAAAUCUGCACGUAACCAUUGGAAGGAAGACCCCUGAAUCUACAGAUAUCCAUUGGAAGGACUCCCCAAAUCUGCACAUAUCCAUUGGAAGGACCCCCCAUCUUAUCCAACAAGCACAAAGUCCCCCCCCCCCUCCUUUCCCUGGGAUUUGGCUGCUCUGAUGAACAUACAAAGAUCGAACCCUAUUGCAAUCACGAGAUAUGGGAGACCGCGGAAUAAAACGCAGGAUUUUGAAGAAUUAUCGUCCGUGAGGUGUACGGAGCCCAGCCAGAGCUUCAGCCCCAACCUCGGUUCCCCGAGCCCCCCAGAGACUCCCAACCCGUCGCAUUGCGUUUCCUGCAUUGGGAAAUACUUAUUGUUGGAGCCUCUGGAGGGAGACCACGUUUUCCGAUCGGUGCAUCUGCACAGUGGAGAGGAACUGCUCUGCAAGGUUUUUGACAUACGCUGCUAUCAGGAGUCGCUAGCUCCCUGUUUUUGUCUACCUAUACACAGCAACAUUAACCAAAUAAGUGAAAUCAUCCUCGGAGAGGCUAAAGCGUACGUGUUCUUUCAGAAAAGCCAUGGAGACAUGCAUUCUUUUGUUCGUACCUGUAAAAAGCUCAAAGAGGAAGAAGCAGCUAGACUGUUCUAUCAGAUCGUGUCAGCGGUGGCGCACUGUCACGAUGGCGGCGUGGUACUGAGAGACCUGAAACUUAGGAAAUUUGUCUUCAAUGAUGAAGAAAGGACUAAAGUCAAGUUGGAAAGCCUAGAAGAUGCUUAUGUUCUGUCGGGAUCUGAUGAUUCUCUAUCAGACAAACAUGGCUGCCCAGCCUACGUUAGUCCAGAAAUCCUGAACACCAAUGGCAGCUACUCUGGAAAGGCGGCUGACGUAUGGAGUCUAGGCGUAAUGCUCUACACCAUGUUGGUUGGACGAUACCCAUUUCAUGACAUUGAACCUAGCUCUUUGUUCAGUAAAAUCCGUCGUGGCCAGUUUAACAUUCCAGAGACCUUGUCACCCAAGGCAAAAUGCCUCAUACGUAGCAUUCUUCGACGGGAUCCGUCAGAACGGCUUACAUCUCAAGAAAUUCUGGACCAUCCCUGGUUUUCCACAGAUUUCAAUGCAUUGAAUUCAGGAUAUGGUGCUAAGGAGGUUUCAGAUCAACUGGUGCCUGAUGUUAAUAUGGAUGAGGAAACGGACCCCUUUUUUAAUUGAGCACAAAACUUUCCUUUUUUCGGUACUUGAGCUGAACGUGGCCACAUGAAGGAGUCCUUCCGGACUAUAUAGUAUUUGAAAUCCGUAUUGUUCCAGAUGGUCACUUUGAAAUAUGCUGCUCUGGACUCCUUGGUUUUGAGAAGACGGUUCUGCAAGAAACUAUUCUACAGAUGUAGCAUUGAGGCUGCUAUACAGUUAAUCUAGGUUUUCUUUUUUAUUGUAUUUUGUUUUUGUUUUGUUUUUUCGUUUCGGAAAUCAGCAUGGAUCAGUUGUAGCUUUACCCUCUAUGGAGCCAAGGAGACUGCACAAGCCAAUUCCAGUGCAGCUUUGUCACUCCUGUUAAUACAGUUUUCUCAAUGUUUUGCCAUGCACAUCCUGGCAUCGCACUGUUAGUUGUUUUUGUGCCAUUUGUUCAGGGAAGGUACAAUUGGCUAUUACUUUUUUAUACUUGUGCCAAAGUGGUACAGCAAGCUAUAGAAAAGUAAAACUUAGUUGGGUGCACUGACAUUAAAAGUAGGUGCUAAUAUUUAGAAUGACUUUAUUUUAUUUUUGUUCAGUUUUUCCAAAUUAAAACCCUUCUUUUUGUCCAAUUACAAACUACUUAAUAUUCUUGUCAGGAAAUGACUUUGUUCCCUUGUAGGGAAGCCAUUCAUUUAUCAAGCUGAUUUUAUUAUUUUUUUCCAUAACUGGUUUGCUAUAGAAAGCUGUUAUUUAAACUUCCACAUGCAUUAUUUUUGCAGUGCUAACACGUGAAGAAUUUUACCUUUUGGAAAGCUAAAACAGGGUUUUGAUCUACUGGUUUCCAUAUUGGCCAUCUUGCACUUAUAGCCAGGAUCAUAUUAGUAAAAGCUAUAUAGCCAUUCUAAAGGGCGUUCUCACAGUUUUUCUGGUUUAACCUUUUUUUUUUCUCCAUUGCACCCCCACCUUGUGUGCCCUUGUGUUAGCUGUACAUUAUUUGUUUUCCCCUUUUUACACUUCCUUUUCUUUUUAUUCCUUCCUUGAAAGGAAUUGUUGCCCCCCCCUCCUUCUCUCUUUUUUUUUUUUCUCCUUUUUUACAUUUCAUGGGAAAUAGUUUUAUAAGCUCAUAACUACCCUUUAGCCCCUGCGUGGACAUGCAUUAAAGUGCACCUUUUUGUAUUGUCAAAUUAUUUAUUUUCAUGAAAAUGUCACAGUUGUGAUGUAUUAAGCCAGUACUUCAAUUAAAUUACGGGUUGACUUUCAAUGACAUAUUACAUGCUGUGCUUUUUUUUUUUUUUUCCAAUAGCUUGUAUUAAUUCAAACUGGCAUUUCUUCCCACCCUCACCAACUCUCUUGCUAUAUAAUAAAAUAUAAGCAUAAAUAUUUGUGUUUUUAUCCCGUACCUCAGUUGUUCUGAUUAAACUGCUUGUAUCUGUUUUGUGAAAUGGUUCAAGUUUUUUGGGUAGGUACAUGUAGACUCUGUAAGUAUGUAAUUGUUACUUGAAUUUGUGCUUAACUGUAGUAUGUGGCAUGUACGUACAGCUACUUGGCAUUUGAAUUCUGGGACACUGUUUGCCUGCCCUGUGGGAAGACUUUAUUUUUUAUAUAUAUAUAUUAUUAUUAUUUUUUUUCCUUGAGAAUUUUUUCCAGCUAUAAAAUACAAAACAAAACUGUGGCUGCCCCUGGUUUUAUUUUGGUACUUUUAGUACAGAUGGAGUGGAAUAAACACUCAAGUUGGUGCUGUGUCAGAAGGACUUUAAUUCCCCCUGUUCCUAAACGCCCAUAUUAUUUUCCCUAUCAGUCCCCCGUCUUUUUUAAUACCUUAUACGAAGAACGACUGGUGAUAAAAUGCAUGGUGGGGUAUUAUUGCCUCUGGUGCUUUGAAUGUUAUGUAUUUGGUUUAUUGUUUUUUGUCCUAAUCUCUUCAAUAAAUUGUGCAUAUUUAACUAAAA